AUGAACCCUACUUCAUCGGCUCCGCGCAAUGGCCAACGCCAAGACGCCUCACAUGUAGCGGCCCCUCAGGGGUUGAACGCCGACCUCCGUCGUUUUAAUCGUCCCUCGAAGAGACGUCCCGCCGACCCGUUGGUUCGUCGGAGAAGGAACCCAACCGCUCGGCCGUUAGGGCCACCACGGCCUACCGAAGGCCCGCCGCUCGGUCUCAACCCCCUUGGCGAGGCCAAGUCAGUUGCCAACUUGGAGAGUCUAAGGAAACAAUAUGGUGGCUGGUCUGAACCCGCACCCGAAAAUUUCAGAGAUUUUCCAAUUGUAACUACCGCUAAGGCUCUACGAGAGGGUAUCCGCUACCACGUCAUGAGGUUUUCUCGUCCUACAGCAACCGAGGAGAGCAAACCCGUUGAUCCAACUGACCAGAAUGCCUUUACGAGACCUGUUACUUUGCAUCGUCGGGAUCCAAGACAGCCGCCCCCCGGCAGAGCAGUACAGGUGAAAGAGGUCACACCUGAGCCCAAGGCCGUCGAUGACAAAGAAGCCGAGAGGCUACAACAAAUCAAGGCAGAACGUGAAGCGCAGCGAGCUAUUGAUCAGGCUAAAAUUGCACCCACUGUCAAAGACAUGAUUACAAAGAAGCAAAAGAAACCGAAGGAGGAGAAAAUAAGUUUCAACCGCAUGCCUAGAACGGAAGAAGGGCGAAAAGAGGCGGACUUACGCUACGAAGAAGCUCUCCCGUGGCACCUGGAGGAUGUUGACGGGCGAAAUGUUUGGGUUGGAAACUACGUUGCGGCCUUAUCUGAGACGAACGUCGCCUUUGUAAUUGAUGGCCCCCGUUUUCGCAUGGUGCCUCUCGAGAAGUGGUACAAGUUCACAGCAAAGCCCGCCUUUGAACGUAUUCCGGAUGAUAAAGUCGAAGACUUCAUGAAGAAGACCACCCUGCCUGGCCGUUGGAUGAUGCAGGCCCUGGAGAAGCGAGAGGAGGAGAGAAAACUUAAGGAUGAAUUCCGCAAUUAUGGAAAGCGCCUUCCCCCGCGCGCUGCAUCGGCAGCCAACGAGGCCAGGGGAUAUGACGAGGUUGAUAUGGAAGGAGAUGAGUUUGACGACGAUGACGAAAACCCGGGCUUUGAAAACGAUGAUGAGGACACAAAGAUUUCAAAUGCGCGUAUUCGACAAAACCAGUUAGGGGCAAACCUCUUCGGGGCUGGUGAUGAGAAUGAAGUUGAUGCGCAGGAGGAGAGUGAAAUGCGGCGAGAAUUGGAGCGGCGUAAAGCUACGAAGAAGCUGAAGAAGACUUUGAUCAAGAGAGAGAAUAUCAACGACAUCGAAUCCGAUGACUCCAUAUCAUCCGGCGAUCCGUUUGCCGGCUCUUCGCAGAGCGAGGAUGAAGACGAGGAGGACGAAGGUGAAUCCCAAGUCAAGGCUGAAGACGAGGACAAGUCUAAGGGUGAUAAGGAUAAAGCCUUACCUGGCGCUGCACCACCCAAGGGCUCCACAACACCCUCCGGGAAGCGGCAUGUCGACCUUACCAAGAAAGGCAAGGGAUUGAAAAGACCCGGUUCGCCGCAUCUCUCUGAAUCUAGUGGAAAUGAGUCUGGCCUCAGAAAGAAGGCAAAGACGAAGUCAGAGUCAAUUCCGGGACAGAGUCGUUCCACAACUCCGCUACCUCAAGGCCAACCGGCUCCAAACCAAGCCGGCCAAAGAAGGAAAAUAAUGGGCGGCUUGGCCAGCGAUGGCGAGGCCACUGCAGGGGAAACGUCGGACAGCCAGCCGAGAAAGAAAAAGAUCAAGCUCAUCGCCACGAGCGCUAGAGGGACACCAACUGGCUCACGGGCUACGAGUCCGCUCCCAGCACAGCCAGCAGGAUCGCCGUCUGUAUCACCCACGAAGGAUAGCCAAAGCAUGCGCCUGGGCUCCCCGAAGCCCGCUAUUGAAGCAUGGGAAAUUGUGCAGGCACUGCCUCAACUUCCCGAUGGCAUUACUAUAACAAAUUUCCUGAAACUUUUCGAGGGACGCGUCGGCGAUAAGGCUGAUGGGGGUAGGAUGGCGAAGUCGGACUGGAUCAAGUUGGUCAAGGAAAACUGCAACUACGGGCCAGACAAGCUUUUGCGCCGCAAGAGUUGA